GAAGAGUCCUGUACUGGGGGCUGGCAGAGGAACUGAUAGAGAACUUUCAAAGCACUUUUUCUACCACCACCACUCAAACUAGCCUCUAACCUUGCAGUCCAAACUGAAAGUCUUAUAAUUUUUUUUCAAAAAACUUUGGCCAUCUUCCUAUCUAAUCAAAGAUAGUUUUACCUCAAUUUUUCUGUGUCUCCCUCUGUCGCUAACAUGAGACCUGAUGAGGGAAACCCUUUGGACCUCAACAACUUGCCUGAUGAUUUUAGAGAUCAUGGUAAACAAGUCUUUGAGGCCGACAUCUCCUCCUCCGGCUAUAGGAAGAAGAAAAGCGGCGGAAAGGAUGGAAAAGACGAUUGUGGGAAGGUCUACGAAUGUAGGUUUUGUUCCCUCAAGUUCUGCAAAUCUCAGGCUCUUGGGGGACACAUGAACCGCCACCGCCAAGAGAGGGAGACAGAGACGCUGAACCGGGCUAGGCAGCUGGUUUUCAGUACCGAUAACCUAGUCUCCCAAACUCCAUCUCAUCUAGGCUACUGCCAGCCAAUCAUACCAGGAGGCUAUCAUCCAGCAGCAGGGACCGCCAUUAAUGGAGAUCCAACAUUACCACUCAGAUAUCCAAGAUUCUUCUCUGGAUCUCCCUCCACCCAGUUACCUCCGCCGCCGCCUCAGCCACCACAACCAUAUCUAUACACUUCUCCUUCGCGUCCAAUGUCCUUUCCGACACCCUAUAAUCCUCAACAACAAUAUCAGAUGAACGAGUACUGUGUCGGCCAUGUUGUCAGCAGUAAUAACCAACAGUGCCAUCCAAGCCUAAGCUACGCACCGGACUCUAGUACUUACACUUGCAUUGGCGCGCCGGUCGGACAAGGGUUUAAUGCUCAGGCCGGUGGCAGCCGGGUGUCGGAGUUGCUAGGAUCGGCAGCGGGAGGGGCAGGAAGUUUUGGUAGAGACGGUUCAUCAUCGCACAAUCCUGAGGGAUUGAAUUGGGGCCGCAGCUUUGCAGGGACAUGACAUCAAUAAUUACCGUUCGGAUCCUCCACACCAUCGAUCAAUCAAUUUCAAGAUCGUGCGUUAUAAUUAGGAGGGAGUGAUUGUUUCAAGCACUGUUCAUCUACAUUGGCACGCCAUCCACGAAGAUCAAGAGAGAGAGAGAGAGAGAGAGAGACAACAAGCUGACAGAUGGGGUCGUGCAAAGGUAGGUAGGAGAGAGACUUUUGGAUUUUCUACAGGUGUUGGGACAGCUUUUGAGCUCAUGUAUAUCCUCAGCAAGUUUGGCUUGGAGCUGUAAUGGGGUAUAGUAUUGGUGUACAACUAAAACUGUUGAAAAAGGAAAAACUUAGAGACUUGGUGGGGCAAGAUGUUAGAUAUGAACUGAAAGUUCUCCCUGAAUUCUUUUGCAAUUGGAGUUUAUUUUGCAAUGGCAAACCAGUUUUUAGAUCU